AUGGCAUACGACGAACGAAAAAGUAGGUCGUAUUCAGUGUAUACAGAGGGAUUUCGAUUCCAUCCAACAGAUAGAGAAUUGAUGAAAUACCUAUUACAUUACGUAAUAAAUAAACCGUUGCCUACAUUAGUUCCAAUUGAACAAGAAGAUCUUUAUUCAAAAGAUCCAUGGGUAUUUUUUGAUGGUAGAAAAGAGAAGACGAUGUAUUUUUUUACGGAGUUGAAGAAAAAAAAGAAAGAAAAUACGAGAUAUGUUCGAAGUGUUGGAAGUGGUUCAUGGAAAUCACAAGACAAAGGCAAAGCUGUAAUUAGUGAACGAGGUUCGAUAUUGGGAUACAAAAGAAGUUUAAGGUAUCAAUGGAAAGCGUCAGAACACGAUGGACAAUGGCUCAUGAAAGAAUAUUCAGUAUCGGAUGAAGUUAAAAAACAAUUACGUAAACGAGUACGUGACUAUAACAAAGAAAAUUACGUACUUUGCCGAGUGAAAAGAAAGAAAGGGGAAGACGAUCCAAUUGAACAAAAAGAGACGAUUGAAACUGAAGAGCUCAAUGCUAUUAUUGAUGAUCCUCUUAAUGGCGUAUUAAAGCCUAUAGCAACAUUGAAUCUGACUCUCUAAGCUUGUAACAUCAUUGAAUCUGACUCUCUACGAUUCUUAGAUGGACUACUCUCCACCAUUUUAGAUAGCUUUUAGUAUUAGUUCUCAAUAAAUAUAUCAAUUAAUUGUAACAUUGUAAAUGAAUACUAAUUCAUUCCCAUUGUUUAUAGUGGAGAUACAUCAUUUAUAAUAAAGAUACACCAUUUUUUAUUUUUUUGUUAGAACAUUCAAUGUAACUGAAACUGAAACACGUUUUAUAUGGUCACUUCCUCUCUGCCGGCCAAGCUCUUUCGAAAAGCAUAUAUUAUUUAGCCGACGGUAUAUCCAGAAUAAGAUGGGAUGGAAUUGGAAAAGGAGUCGUCCAAAAACCAGUCAAUUUGGAAAAAAAGGGAUACAUAAUUUACCACAGCUUCCCUCCUGCACAAUAUCGGUAUGACGAGCUCAAGACUUUUAAGAGAGGAAAUGGAUACAAAAAUUAGAAGAUCAGCCCCAAAAAUACGCUUAUAUUUGUGAUUAAAGAGCUAAUUUCCCCCUUUCUGCCAUUAAAGCAAAAUAACCCCAGUAAAGAGACCAGUAGAUGAACUAUACAUGUGACAGUCCUUUGUCAUACAUAGGCUAUUUACAGAUGAUUGCAGUACUAUGUGGUUUUUGGGCAGGGGAAAUUUCUUAAGUGUAUUAAAACUCGAUGCCACUGUUCAACUGAAUGGAGAAGGAAGGCCUGCCAGUGUUGCCAAGAGGGGUUUCCACCUUAAGAACCACCCCUGAGCUCCCAACAUUUCCAUUCCACUUUGACCGCCCAAGCUGCA